AUGACCCCCUCCCCCCAUAUUGGCAUAUGUUAUGGCACAAAAGGAGACAAUCUGCCAACUCCAACAGAAGUCAUAGCCCUCUUAAAAGGCUGCAGCAUCAGGAAACUGAAGCUCUAUGACACCAACCCUCAACUGUUGGAAGCAGUGGCAGCCACAAUAAAGCCACCCGACGUGUUGGAGCUCGCCGUCACCGUGAGGAAUGAGGAGCUGGCCAGUCUUGCUGCUAGCCCGGAUGCCGCCAUUGAGUGGGUGGGCAAGAACAUUCUCCCCUUCAGGAACCCAGUGCUUUCCUUCCAGGACAUUUUGGUUGGCAAUGAGGUGGUUCCUGGAGAGAAUGCCUGCUACGUCGUCGAUGCCAUGCAAAACCUACAUUCUGCUCUCCAACAUGCCAACAUGACCAAGUGCAUGGUCUCGACCGUCGUCUCUUACUCGGUGCUUCAGAACACCUUCCCUCCUUCUCAGGCCAUAUUCACCUCAGAAGCCAAUGAAAUCAUGGAGGACCUCGUGGCCUUUCAGCUAAGCUUGCCUUCAGGCAUCAGAGGCUAUGUAUACAUCAACUUAUACCCUUACUUCUCUUAUGCUGCUGACCCAGGAAAUAUCUCUUCGGAUCAUGCAUUGUUUCAAGGGAAGUCUCCAAUGUUCAAAGAUGGCAACCUGACCUACUGGAAUCUCUUCGACGCAAUGUAUGAUGCCUUUCUGUGGGCUUUGGAGAAGAUUGGUGGAACUGAGUUGACCGUGAUGGUAGGGGAGAGUGGCUGGCCAUCUGCAGGCAAUGGUGCAUCUACAACCCCGGAGCUCGCCAGCACCUACCUCACCAAUUUCUACAACCACAUCAGUGAAGCUGGGACUCCCAAGCUUCCCCCAAAGGUGGGCUUUGAAGGAGCCUAUGUGUAUGCUCUCUAUGACGAGAACCUUCAGCCUGCAGGAGUGGAGCAGCACUUUGGCUUGUUUUACCCCAAUAUGAAACCUGUGUACACCGCUAACCCAAUGUGUCAAAUUAAUUAG